GUCAGAAAGUUGACAUUCGCUCGACCUGAUCAUCACGGUAACCGAACGACAUCUCAGCCAUCAUGUCAGGGUAUCCAAGUGGGAGGCCCGCAUAUUACGGGAUGCAUCACGGAGAAGAAGCGUCGUCUAGCCUACGUAUUCUGGAAAAUCAAGAGCCUCCCCACUCCUUCGGCGACUGGUCCCUCCCAACGUCCGUCCCAAGGGCUGAGGGGUCUUCGAGUCGGCGAAACACAUCUAGGAGAGACUAUGCUGCUCAGGCAUCUCAUAUGAUGAAGGCUCACAAAGCCAGAAGGUCCCUCGAUCGCAUUUCAAAGCCCACCGUGGUAACUGGCUCUGGCAGAGGCGCAAAUUUUGAGCAUUUGGAGCGAUACCUCGGGUAUGAUCUUCCACCUGAGGUCCCGGAAGCUCCGCCAAGAGCCUUAUCGGAAGAAACGGAAACUAUUCAAUCUUCAAGUUGGGUUUCUCCUGAGCAAGGGGACAUGUCUGCCUCUAGUGAUUUACUUUCGGCUGGCAUGCAAGCCAUGGAUAUCUCUACAGGCAGGGAGGAUACAGCCAACGAUGACGAGAGACGUAAAGCGCGCCAGAGACUGGUACGGAUGGGUCUCUGUAAGCCGCUAGAGAAGGUGGGAUCGCCGAGCUCCGUGAGGAGCGGGAGACGCAGCAAGAGUGGAGGGACAUCUGAACGAUCGGCGACAUACAUACCAAGCGGUCUGUCAAAAGUGAGCUCAACGGAAUGAUAGUCGGCACUCUUGGUGGCAUGGGAAACUCAAAGGAGAAUUCGAAGAGCUACCUUCACACAGAAUUACUUUAUAGAGAAAGUGCAACGAUCCUGCUCCCCCAUCGAAGACUCUGUUUU